GCGAAAACAGGCGAAACGAACAAAAGUGAAGCUACAGAAAGCUAUUUUUUUAUAUACAACAUUUUCCAAUAAAACAACAUGGUAAAAAACGUCUAUAUAAUUGAUAAGACUGGCAGAGGACGUCGUGGACGUGGUGGACGUGGCGGACGAGGAGGACGAGGCGGACGAGGCGGGCGUGGUGGAGAUGGCGGCGACGCUGGACGUGGCGGGGUCAGUGGCCGCGGAGUCGGCGGCCUGAACCGGCAACAACGAUUUUUCUUGGCGUUCCAGGCGGCCAGGAACGUCCCCGUGUCCGCCGGUGAGCGCAAAAACUUGCAAAGGGCCUUUUUGGCCCUACUGCAGCCGCAGGGGCAGGAGCAGCAGCCGCAGGGGCAGGAGCAGCAGCGGCAGGAGCAGGAGCAGCAGCAGCUGCUCAAGGAGGUCUUAAAGGACCUACUUGAAGAGAAACAAAAGGAGAUAGAGGCGGCGGUGUCGGCCUUUAUAUCCGGCAAGAAGCAGCAGGAGCAGCGUCAACUUGAGCAGGAGUCGGAGCAGCCCCAACAGGAGCAGGAGACGCUGCAAAACAAUGUAUAAACACAA